GCACAGCUGUCGGUUCCGUUAUUGCGGUUAUAGGUUGCUCAUUCGCCUUGUUGGCGGUUGGAAUAUUAUUAGUUUUUUGGGUCGGUAUACUUAUUAAUGUUUAAGGUUUUAGCAAAAAAUUCAACAAUAAAUCAGGUAUAAAUGUAAAAUAAGUGGAAAAUCUGCAAUGAAUUCUUUAAAUUUACGUGUGUCAACGGUGAAAACUUCAGAGAAUAUUAAGAAAAAUGCGGAGCUGCGCGCAGCGCUGGUCACGUUGCCCAAACACUACGAAAGCUCCGAGGAAAGCUACUGUCUGGAAUUAAAGUACGCCAAAUCUAUACCGGAGCAGGUGGCGGCGGUGAAAAACACAUUCAAAAACCUUAGUCAUGAUAUGCAAGCGCUACAAUUUCUGGCAGACUUAUGCUUCCAUUGCCCGCUUAAGCAUCCAGUGCGUAAUCAGAUUGUAAAGCUUUUAAUUACAGCUGCGCAAGUGGGAACAGGUGACACAGAUGAAUCAUCUAUUAAAAACGCUUUGUCGCAAACAUUGCAGCGAUUGGUAGAGGAAACUAGAGCAGAGACCGAGAGUAGCGUAUGGAACUUUACCGUUACUUCGAUGAAUGGAUGCUUUGAAAAUUUCGAAUGUGGUCGAAAGGCAUUUCAACAAAGCAUAGACGAGAUAUUUCCUUUUCUCUGCGCAGCCGUACAGAAGUAUCUCACCGAAUUGGGCGUGCUCAGUUCGCCUUCCGUACUCAAUGAAUACUAUCUCUAUGUGCACAACGCUGUACGUCUACUUCUGUGUUGCAUACAAGAACAUGGUACUAAACUCAGGGAUGCACACACUGACACGCUUAAACAGUUAAGUGCACUGUGCAACCAAAUCGUACUAGACGACGAAAUGCCAAUGGAUCCGCGCACUAAUUGUGGUAUUCUUUUGGCUCACAAUGCCAAAUUGAAUGCCAAUUACGAGGCCUUCAUACAAAAAGUUAAGCUAACCAAAAACCCUAACGAGAUUACACUUUGUGUGGGCAUCGUAAACACUUUUGAUCAACAUGACUUUCACGAAAUAUCUGCUGACAUACGUGACAUUUGUAGCAAGAUAGACGAAAUCGCCAAUGCUAAUGCGACGGUGUCACACAUAUUACUUUGCGCUACGCGUGCACUUUAUCAGAUCUCAAAAAUUUUGUUAAAUUUUGAGUUAAAGGCUCAAGCCCCGUCCACAGAUGAUGCCAAGCUGAUACUGCGAAAGCUUUUAAUAUUCACAUUUGGUUAUUUGGAACAUCAUAUGGAUAGUGUGCGGCAUUUGUGUCGCGAUAUGCUGCGCAAUACAGUCGCAGCUGCAAAGAAAAUUAAAUUUGAUUUCCUCAUACAAAAAAUCUAUGAUGCCUGUAAUUCUGAGCGCCUAUCGCUUUCAAUGAAAUGUGCGGUAUUGAAGCAGGCUACAGCCAUUGUGGGGGCGGAUGCCAUAAUACAUAAUUGUCCUGAGCUGUUUGAAACGGUAUUCGCCGAACAGCUUGGACGAGAUUUCAUGGUGAAUAAUUUGUACGAGACGCUUAUGUAUGCCAGCUAUAAGGAGUUGAACUACGAUAUGUGGGUUGGUCUUUGGGUUGAAUACCUGCUUGCAGUUGCUAUCUUCAACGAUGCUCGUUUGGGUGAUACCGAAAUGUUAAUUGUAAAAGCAGUUAAUUGUGAACCCAAAAUUGUGCAACAUAUCAUUAAGCAUAACGACCCCCGAAUACCGAUCAGCACAAAAUUAUCGGCGCUAACGGCAGUACGCAAAGCAGGAAUUAAAGUUGAGGAUUUUAAUGAAAUUAUGAAGCAAUUCGAACUUAAUCUCAUACAGAGUAUACUUUCAAUUUUCGACGAAACACGUAUCAUGGCAUUGCGGCUCUUGGUGGAAACAAAUAAGACCACUGAGCCAUUGACGAUAGUGGAAUGUGAAAACUUGCUUAACUUCUUGGAAUACAAUUCGAAUUGUCAAAGUCCAGCAACGCGCCAAAAGAUGUUGGCAUUGUUUACCAAAGCUUUACUACGCUGUGAAUUGAAUUUAUUCAAAACGAUGAAGGAUUAUAAACCGGCCAAAGCAAUUGGCGCUAAGCGAAAAGGCGGUGGUAUUGGUGAUGAUGCGCCGAUGCACCUGAAGUUUUUGCGAGAUAUUAUUAAAAAAUUUGUGGCAAAUCUGUUUCAGGGCGCUAACUUCAGCCGCCGCUCAAUAUGUCUACAGCUGUUGCAGCAGAGUGUACAGAUCUCAAGUAAUUGUGGCAUCCCAUUUGAUGACAUACUACCAAAAGAUACCGUUAAAGUGUUAGCUGAAAUGCUUUCAGACUCAUACGAAGCCAAUAAAGAACUAGCAGUGAAUAUUUUGAAAGUCAUCGAGCAACGUUUGAAUUCCAAUCUCAUACAGGAGCAUAAAUUAAAUAUCAACUUAUCACAUAUCUGCACUCUUUUGACCUCGGUCCGUCCAAUCGAUUCAGUAACCGGCUCAUAUCAAUUGGAGUUUUAUUGCGAACGUUAUGAACAUAUCGGUAGCUUUGGCAAAUACGAACCAACCAACUACAAUGCCAUCUACUAUGCGGCGCUACGCUGGUUGUUGCAGGAACUGAAAGCUGGACUUAAAUUGGCAAAAGAAAGCCUGCUUCAGGCGGCUAAAUUCAAUCCAUUAUACGGCAUUUUAUUUGCAAUAAGACAUUUGUUAAAGACAUUAGAUUUUAAAUUACUGGCAAAAGAGAUUCCCUGGCGCAUUGUUAUUGCUGAGUUGAUUGUAGUAUGCAAGGAGCUGACAACGAUUGUUUCGCCAGUAGUGAAUAGCUCAUCACCUGAAGGACAUUUGCCGAAUGAUUUCAGUAAAUUGCCCGCCGAGUAUGGCGAGGAACCGACGACUAACGAGAAAGAUAACACCGGCGCCAGCUGCAAAAUACUUUCUUCGAAACUAGCGAAAUCAGAUUUGUCGAAUGUUAAGACUACACCACAAAUGGUGUUACUAUGCGCUUGGCGUACCGUUAAGGAAGUCUCUUUGUUACUCGGUGAUAUCGUAUCGCGUUCACCGUUACAGUUUAGUAAGCUGACCGAACAGUUUCUCAUCACCAAAGAACAGCUACUCGAAAUUGCAGAACAUUUUAAGCAGCUGCUAGCCGAAACAAAGCACCGUGGUGCCUUCGAACAAGCCUAUGUGGGCUUCUCAAAACUUUGUUGCCGCCUUUGGCGCUUAGAGGUGGUCGAUUUGAAUUCCCUUCCCAUGCAAUGGUUGCGUGAUCUGCUCACAAUCAUAUCGAAAGAUGAACAACUAAAUGAAAAAAUUUGCGCCACACGUCGCAGUGCUGGUGUGCCAUUUAUGGUGCAGGCUCUUAUCACGUCCGAAUUACAAGUUGGCUCGACAAAGUCGCUCUACUAUUGCAUGGUACAUCUGCUGCAGUUGUGUGCCUCACGUGAACGCAGCGCCGAGUCACGUACGCAUGCCAUGAACAUAUUGCGCGCGCUCUUCCGUUGUACGGAUCUGAACGAAGCUGUGGUGGAGUAUGUAUGCGAUGGCGUCAUGUGUGCCAUACGCGGUUACGAGGCAGAAACAUGGUCGGAAAAAAAUUCUGCCACUUUGCUCUUUUCGGCGCUCAUCACUCGAAUUUUCGGUGUGCAACGCACGCGUGAUUCGGAGAAUUUGAAUGUGCGCAACAAAAUGACCGGACGUGUUUUCUUUAUGCGCUAUCCCAAACUUUAUGAUUUCUUCCUUGCGCAGCUUCGCGAAGCUAGCGACUUGGUGCAAAAACAACAGAAGGCUCAUAAAUUGCAUUCACUGUUGCUCAUAUUUAGCCGGCUGUAUCCGUCAGCGCUGGAGGGUACCGAAUCGAGUUUAAAGUUAACCGAGUUUAUUCCGUAUAUUUCGAGUUGUGCCAGUUGUCCUGAAAUGCAAACGCGUUACCUAGCGGCCAAAGCAGUGGUAGCGCUUAUCUCCAUAGAUGCAAUACCGGCCACAAUAUUGAGGAUGUCUGCUGAAGUUUUGAUAGCGGCCGAUAGUCCUAACACUCUGAAUUUGAACAUUUUACAUGGGCAACUAAUACAGAUUUACAUGUUACUAAAAGCGCACAAUCUACCUGAUGCUGAGCUAGUCGGCGAUAUUGUACACACAUUGAUUUCUUUUCAAGGAAAAACCCAAAUAAAAAAUGCCAUCAUACUAAAAUUAAUUAUGGAUAUUUUCUUAGAGAUUUUACAAAACCACUCGAACCUCAACUACUCACAGGAAACUAUAGCAGGUUUGCUCUACUACACCUCCCACUUGGAGUUACAAAUUCCCGAACUGAGUUCUUACUAUCCGGUGCUGCACAAAUCUUUCUAUAUUUACAAUUUACACACGCUACGCUUAACACUUCCAUACGGCGCAAUCUCCAACUAUUUGCUUUGCCUACCACUUACACAUGCCUCAAUGCCACUGGAACAGGCGGAAGUGUGCCUUAAUAUUAUAUUGUUGCUGUUAAAGGUUGGCGAAUUGGAUGUGGCUGAGUUUGAAAUAUCGAAUGAAGAGCAGUGGUUUGUACAGACUUUAGCACCUGAAAUACGCGAAAAGUUGGCCAUAGAGUUGCGUCGGAGUAAAGUUUUACAUGGUAUAUUAAAAGAAGUGCUCAAAAAGGAUGUCUUCUAUCCGGAGUGUGUGAUGAAAGCGUAUGCAAUACUGAGUUCAAUGGAUCAUUUUGAUUUUACGCUAAAUCAAUUGCUGAACGAGUCUAAAAAGCAUCCGGCUGAUGUUAAAUCGCCGCUGACGAUGUGCGUAGAACGUGCGGUGCUUAAUCAAGGUGGCGUAGAUUCAAAGAUUUCCCAAUCAUGUCUGGAGUAUUUGUUGGAAAUAGCGCAAGCAUCGAAUCCCGAUUGUUUGAGAUUGAAGGCCGCAAAAAUUUUAUCGCACAUAGCUGUACAUUUUUAUAAAGCUUUGGAGAAGAAGAGAUUAUCCUUUCUACGCUUAUAUAUUGGCCUUACAUUGGCGCUACUGAUGGAUGAUGACAGCGAGAUACGUGAUUUUACAGCCAAAGUCGUCUUAACGAACUUACCCGAGAGUAUUGGAUUAACAAACGUUAUCGCGACCAUGGCGCAGCGACUCUUUCUGCAAUCCACAGCGGAUAAACUUGAAGCGAUGCGUGCCGAUGAUAAUUACAUUUUAGACAUUUUCAAACUCAUCAACGAAACGCUAAACUUGGGUAUUAGCACAGAUGACGAUAGCAAUAGUUCGGCGAAUAGCAGCAACAGUGGCUCUUCGACGGCAGGUGAUUUAGAAGUUUUCGAGAAACAUGAAGCGAAUGUCUACGCCGAACCACAAAAGGCGAUAAUCGAUGCGGCUGCCAUAUUCAAAGGCACAUUUAAAUCACGUCCAAAAAUACUGAGUUACAUAGAGAAGACAAAGCAACUUUAAUUAAGCUUGGUUUUUGUUUUUUUUUUUUUGUUUUUUGACAUACCAACAAAAAUUAAUUCAUGUCUAGACUAUAUACAGAGUUCAAACAAGUGAUAGCGUUUAUGACGUUAAUUUAGCUAGAUACGUAGUUAGUUCUAAUGCUAAACAGCAGCAAAGAGUGCUAGUUUUUAUACACGCAUAUUAUUAACGAAAAUGUAUUUUUUUUUAAGUAUUUUUAGACUGCCUCUAGUAGUAGUGAAGUGUGUAAAAUGUACGCCUUGAAACAACUAACUUGACAUCGUUUUCAUGUGCGUUGAAUUAUUAUUUAUUAUUUGUAAUUUAUUGGCGCUUAUUUUGUAAAUAGUAAAUAGAAAGUAGGAUUUAUAGUUUAAGCUUCGCGGCUAUAUUGAAUCGAAGAAUUUUGCAUAUUUUUUUAGCUUAGUAGAACGCUCAUUAUUUACGAAUAUUUAUCUAGUUAUUAAGCGUUGCUUGCUAGAUGCUAAUCCUAAAAAUAUGCCAGAUUUGUGGUGUGAAAUUGUUUGAUGUCUGCACCACAAUACGGCUACGUCUUAAAAUGCAUUCAUAAUUGCGCGCGACCCAUACCCAUCUAAAAUGUUUUAUAUUUUUUAUUUAUAAGAUGUCUGGCAGCACUUCUGCUUCUUGAAAUAACCAAAAUAGGAGAAUUCUUGGUAAAUUUUACAAAUUUUGAAAUCAAAUAACUUAAAAACUAUAACCCCGCUACCGGUCAGGUUUUCACUUUUAGAAAGUAGAAUACCCCCUUAUAACCCUUUUUUUUAAAUUGAUGGGCAACCAGAUGGAGUUUUUCCCCAUAUCUUAUAAUUGCAUUUGAGUUGAUGUUUUUGGUUGUCCUUAUGCGUACAUUUCAACGGUGAUAAUGAAAAUCGCAUGUGAGCGCGAUGACGGCUCAUUCAUGGCAGUAGCCACAACAGCGGUGCCUGAUGAGCCACGCAUAAGACAGUUUGUUGUUUCGCCAAGCGUAAUGCCUUUACGGUUCUUGUUGUUGUUGUUGUAGCAGCAUAAACAUUCCCCAUAUUUACAUACGGGGAAUGCUGCUGGAGUGACAGUCCUUAGCCGGAUAUAAAUCCGGGUCGUUUCGGUAACGUAGAACUGACUGUUGUGGAAUCGUAUUACUAUUUUCGCGCAUUUCUACUCCAUAAAAGAACAUUUCGCUACGAAGUCAUAUUCACUUCUAACGUUUUAAUGCGUUCAAAGAUAUCGCACAUUAUUCGUGGUGACACCUGCAUUGGUGCAUGAACCAACUCUCCGUCAAAAGCUGUACCCAUAGUGUGAGUCUUGCCCAUACUCUUAAUCACAUUUGAUUUGUGCGUAUUCAAUAAAGUAAGCUACGACUAGGCGAGACUCAAUCGCUGCAUGAAAGGCUUUUUUUUAGAAUAUACCAGUUACCGGUUCAAGCACUGUUUCGAGAAUCGAAAAAAGCUUUGGUUUAAGUCUACUUUGUCGCAGAGAAAGGCGAAAAGUAUAUUUUAAAAGAAUGAAAUGAAGAUUGUAAAAUUGAUAAACAAAGUCAAUUUUCAAUUUGAGCGCAGAUCGCAGUAUGUAUUGUAGUAUAUGUAAGAUUUUUCGAGACACCCGUAUGGAAUAAAAAUUACUUAACAAUUCAAAUUUGCUUUCGAAUGUUGCUCGCAGAUAAGGAUAAAAGUAGCUAAAGAAGAAAAUAAACGGUGCAUGUAAUAUGAUCCAUUUUUUUGUUUGUUCCAAAAUCUGAAAAAUUAAAUGAAACCAAAUCUUCCUUAUGUCUUGUGGUAAGCUAUAAAAUCAAAUAGCAAUAACAUUGCUGUCUUUUCAAUAUUAAAUAUUGUAUUUCUCUGUUUUAUUUCACUUUAUACAUAAAAAAAAAUCAGAACUAAUUGAAAAAUGUAAACUUUAGUGUCUCAAAAAAAAUUUUGAAUUAUAGAUUAAAUAGCAAAAUAAGAUUCCUUCCUUUUAAAGCGCGCAAUUACUUUUACUUUAACAAUUUAUAAUUUCCCACAUCCCCCCACCCCCACAUUAAUAUAUAUUUUUUCUAUAAAUGUAUACUGCCUCUAGCUACAUAAUCAAAUACUCUUGAGCUUCUAUGAAAAUGAAGAAAAAACAACUUCCUGAAUUUAAUUGUAUAAGACGAAAAUAAAGAUAUUUACCAAAUGUGCAUUGGAAA